GCAUGGGUGAUGGGGCAAACAAUACGUAACAGGCGGUGUACCCAUUCGUUUGUUAAUUAUUUUGUUGCAAAACUAAUUAGUUGAACGAACAGAGGUAGACGAUCUGAAAAAACGAACCUGCUGCUCCUGCUGGUUGGCAGUCAGUGUUGCAAGGCAGUUUUAAGUAAAACUUGACUUAAACUUCCUUGAGCAUGGCAUCGAAUAGUGAUGGGGGAGCUGGCAGCAGCAAUACCCUGUCAAGAAAUUUUGCAACCAGAGACUACGAUCCGUAUAUGCAGCAAUUCGAAAAACCGAACAACGAACUGAACACCCCGAGAAGAAGAUGUGAUCAUGAUAUUGAUUAUUAUCGCGAACAACAUCGGGCUGUGAUGAAUCAACUGGAAGUGUCCAGUCAGGAUUCAGCGUCGCUGCGCAACAAAUACACGGAACUCGUAACGGAAAAUAAGCAAUUAAGAGACGAAAAUCAGCGACUGUUGAAGGAACUGACUGAACACAAUGGCAAUGCUUCCGAAGCCUUAUUUAUGUCCCACACUCAAGCAUUGUCGAAGCUGGAAGUUGCGCAAGACGAAAAUGCUCGACUCCAUAAGCAGUGCGAGGUUUUAGGUCAAGAACGAGGAGCCGCACAACGAGAUGUGCAAAGCCUGAAGCAACAGCUGGUGAAACUUUGCAAAGACUACGCAAAAUACAGGGAAGCGCAUCAGAAAUUACAGCAACAGUAUGAAGAAUCAGUUAACAUGACUAUCAAGGCUAACAAGGAUAUAAAACGCUUGACUGAUGAACGAAACGCUACUAUGGCUGAAUAUACCCUUAUCAUGAGCGAAAGGGACACCGUGCACAAAGAGAUGGAAAAGCUGAGCGACGACUUAUCGCAAGCAAUGAAAAAACUGAAACUGCUUGACGGCGAUAAUAAGGAACUGCAAGAGGCGAAACGAGGAAUGAAUUAUCAGCUUGAAUCUCUCAAAAGGGAAAUUGCCAGUGCGUUACAUGAAAGAGACAAGGCCCUGAAAGAGUGCAAUGAUUUGCGAGAGAAAUUUGGGGAGCUGGGAGCAGCGUCUGAAGAUGGCCGCCUUUUACUGGGUGAUCAAAUGAAGAAGAGUCGAGGGCGUUUGAUCGACAGUUUGGGCACUUUGGGCGAUGGCGGCGGUAGAAAAGAACACUUACGGGACGACUCGCGUUCUAUUAAUCAAAGACAACGGCUGGACAACUUGGACCAAGCGAAUCAGGAAUUGGAAUCUCUUAGGAAAAGUCUAGAUAAGGCACAGACCGAACUAGCUGAAGCUGUACAAGAAGCUGAAGUAUCCAAAGGUAGGCGAGACUGGGCGUUCUCGGAACGGGACAAAAUUGUCCUGGAAAGAGAAAGCAUUCGGACUUUAUGCGACAAUAUGCGUAAAGAACGAGACAGGGCGGUGUCGGAAUUGGCUGAAUCUCUACGAGAAUCUGACGCUAUUAAAAAGCAACGAAACGAGCUACUGAAAGAAAACAAGGUUUUGCGCGAAGCUUUGGAAGCUCAAAUAGAGCGCGAAGGACGACUAUCUCAGACGAACGUUGAGGAGCAACAGCACGCCUGUGGACAUACUGAGGUGAUUCAAUUAGAUCUUACCAACUCUGAUGAGGAAGCUCUGGAGUUUGCCGGCGGCCGAGAUUUUCCUGGUGACGGUUCCGUCUAUGUGGCAUCGGUAGCACCUGGAUCUUCAGCCAUUGGUAAAUUCUUCCCACACGACAGGAUCGUUCGAGUGAACGAUGUGGAUUGCAGCCAGGCCUCGUUGAGAAUGGUGACCGAGGCAAUCCGAUCCAGCAUGCCCGCCGCUCAUGUUCUGGUGCGUCGUACCAGAUGUGCCAGAAAUGAGAUUAGAGCGUCUGGAGAAAAAGUCGCCAAGUGGAUUCACACUGCCAGACUUGCACCAGGUUGUCAUGGACUUUCACUGAAAAUGGGCGUUUAUAUAAAUCGCAUAAGCGAUGGCAGCUUGGCGGCAAGAGAUAAGAGUCUCACUGUGGGUGAUCGCGUUAUACGAAUCAACGAUAAAUUGAUGGACGACAUUGAGGGAGUACGGGAGGCCAUGCAAGUGCUUAAUGAUGAGAGCACUGAUGUGAUUAACAUCACCACUUUGAAAAUGAGCUACCCCGAGUGUCCGAAUGUUUUCACCCCUGUAAGAAGAAACAAAAAGGAGACCAGAAGCUCGCAGACCGAAGAUUGGUUGCGUCAGAAUGAGUACAAAUACGGCAAUCAGGAGAGAAACAGCAGCGCCUGGUUGAAGGAGAAGCUGGAAUUGGUGAGAGGCCCUUGGCGGCAUUCGAAAGAAGAUAAAAAGAAGCACCGAAACAGCUCACCUAAUCCUAUAGAUUUUGGGCAUGAGCAGGCUAUAGCAGAACUGGAUUCGGUUUUGGAUAGUUACCAUCACAGCAACACGAUUAAGCGAACAUCGGCCGUGGCAAAACGUCAUUUGUCCCAGCCAAAAGAAGAGAAAAACAACGGGGGCACUUGGCCAAAAGCUAGAGCAACAGCUGUAUUAACUUCAGGUGGAGGUACUGUAGUUACCAGAACCAAAGAACGUCCUCCCUUAAGUAUUCUAGCUCAACCCAAAGAGUCGCAAGAUUAUUAUCGAAAUUCCACUCCAGUUCCACUAAUGCCACAAAAUCCGCACUCCGGCAAUCGACAUUCGGUGUGCAAAAGCGUUGAUGCGAGCCACCACUUUACAAUGCCAGCCGAUUCCUUUGAAAUAGUCAACAGGGUUGGUACGUCUAACAGACACAGCGUUAAUAUGAAUUCGGAUAACAGCCUCGAUAUGCCAGUUCAACGAUUGUACGAUAAGGACUUGUUACCGUAUUAUAAAAAGAAUACCCGAUCAGUGAGCAAAUACGGCUCAGACUCAGAACGGGAUAUAAGUUUGGGAACGUCUCACGAUGGCGGGCCGUCUCACUCGCGCGGCCCCAGCCAGCUGUUUGUUCCUCCAAGGAUGCACUAUCCAUAUCAUCCCCAUCCUCAUCCCCACAAUCACUCGAGGGAGAGUUUCAACUUUGAACAUUAUCAACACAACCACAGCCCGUCUGUUGAUGCUGGAACCAGAAGACGGCCUGACCUACUUGAGACUGGUGGGACAUACCCAAGGAACCCUAGAAACAGGGAGCAGCGAUUUCGUGUCCCCUCCAAUCCUAGUGUAACGUCCAAAGUGAGUACCGGCAGCAUAGAGCGUGGUAGCUCGGAAAGAGGCAGUCCCAUGCCGAUUUUUCACGUAGAAGUGUUGAGUAGCCCUGGGGAUCAUUCAUCUCAACCCAACACUCCAAAGGACUACUGUCCUUGGGGCCAUAAACCAUUGCCAGGCGAACUGCGGAGAGUUCAUAUAGAAAAGUCUAAUGAGCCUCUUGGAAUUCAAAUAGCGGACACUGGUGGAAUUUUUGUUUCAACUGUUACUGAAGGCAGCUUGGCCAGUCGCGUCGGUUUGCAAAUUGGCGAUCAGCUACUGGAAGUUUGCGGCAUCAACAUGCGCAACGCUACCUACAAUUUAGCAGCAAGUGUUUUGAUGCAAUGUGGAGAUUCGAUCACAUUGCUUGUACAGUACAGUCCCGAAAAGUUUCGAGAGAUGACUGAAGGAGCAGAAUCUCUCUCUGGCACAUCAUCUAACGAAGAUGAUGAGGACGACGAAGACGAAGAUGCUGAAGGAGAUCCCACUCCAUGCAAUUCUCCGAAGGAAGUGAGAAAAACCCCUCUGAAAAAUAAGCCUUCGCCUCUGAUACUAAUGCAACGGCAAAGCGGCGUACCAGGAGUAAGCAGAGGGUCAAUGGAAGAGCCCAGAUACUUGUGCAUCGAAACGCUAAAAACAUCAAAUUUGGGGAUAUCUCUAGUCGGAGGCAAUGCUGCUGGCAUUUUCAUCCACUCGGUUCAAUCGGAUUCAUUAGCCUAUCAUGCAGGUUUGCGGACGGGAGAUCAAAUACUGGAAUAUAACGGAACUGACUUGCGAUCUGCCACAGCAGAAGAAGCCGCCUAUGAGCUGGCUAAACCUGCUGAUAAAGUGAAGGUUUUGGCCCAUUAUCGAAUUGAUAAAUACAAGGAGAUUAAGGACAAUCCGGGCGACAGUCUGUACGUGCGCUGUGGAUUCGAUAGAAGUGGAAAUGACCUUACUGACCCUCCACAACUGGCAUUUAGCAAAGACGACGUUCUUUACGUGGACAACACCAUGUUUAAUGGUGUCCCUGGACAAUGGCGCGCCUGGAGAUUAGAUGGAGAAGGGCAUAGACAACAAUGUGGCGUGAUUCCUAGCAAGUAUAAAGUAGAAGAAGAAAUGCUGCUGCGUCGUGGAGGAGGAGACGCCCUUGAAGGCCGCACGGCAGCCACAGCAAGGCGUAGUUUUUUUAGGCGAAAAAAACAUCAACGAGAUGGAAGCGGAUCUUCUGGUUUAGGUUCCACUGGUUCACGAGACUCGAAGGAAUUGGCGAGCUUUUGCAAUUUGUCCUCAGGAUGGUACUCUGAUAGUGGAUCUCUUCAUGAAGACUUGUCGCAAGUAUCAUAUCAGCGAGUAGAAAGACUUCAAUAUCCCGAGUUUCGUCCAGUGUUAGUUUUGGGGCCUUUGGCGGAAUGCGUUGCCGAUAAGUUGGUUACCGAUUUUCCAGAAAAAUUUCAAAGGGCUGUAACUGAUACUAGACGCUGCAAUCAAGCACAACUCGAUAGGGAAUUGGAGGAUGGUCUCAUCAUAGAAUACCGACGUCGAGGAUCGUGCUUCGAAUGCAUAACCGUCCAAGCUGUAAAGGCUGUGGCUAAUGCCCGAUUGCACUGCAUGUUGGACUCUUCUAUUGCAAGUGUGCAACGAUUGAGGCGAUUGCAAAUCAACCCUGUGGUAUUACUGAUUAAAUUCAAGAGUACGAAACAGAUCAAGGAAGUUAAGGAUGCUCGAUACAGCCUGGACAAAUUAUCGGGCAAAGCUGCUAAAGAGAUGUUUGAGCAUGGUCACAAACUAGAAGCAGAAUAUCGGCAUUUAGUUACGGCCGUAGUCUCGGCUGGUGCUAACGUUGCACAUGUAUGUGCACAAGUUAAAGCUGCCGUGGAAGUGGAACAUAGAAAAAGCCAAUGGGUCUCUGUCGGUUCCAGUCACUAAGUACUUCAGAUUUAUCAAAUUCCCGUUAGUUUGAAAGAAAUUAUUUCUUAGAGUAACAUUUUGACCGGAACACUGAAUACAAAGUUUAUGUGGGUGUCUACUAACGCACAUUUUUCUACUUCAUCUACUACCAAAUUCGCUGUGAAAAUAAUGAGACAUGACUAUGCGGUGUAAACCCUUGGAAUAGAUUUCUUUCCAAAAGAGGUAUAUAAUGUAGAACGUUAUUCUUAACGCACGCGAACGGAAAAACGUGAAGCUAUUUUUCUCGAUUUUAGACAAUAAUACAGUUUAAGAGAUAACAUAUAUUUUGAGAGCGUCAAUUUAAGAUCUGAUAUAAUGGAAACUGUCUCAAUUUUUUACGAAUUUUAUAAAAGCCUUUUAAAUAUAUCCAGAUAUCUUACUCACUUAAUAUAUGUGUGCAUUCUAGAAGGAAUGUGCUAUUAUUACUUUAGGCAAUUUCUUAUGAGAUGUGGUUAGGAUAUUUACAAACUGCUUUGCUAUCUGCAAACACUCGUUUUGUUGCCUUAUUGGCAUUUUUUUAGAUCUCAAUGCUAUUUAGUCGUGUUUAAAAAGUAGUUUGUUGAUUAACCAAUACAUCGAGUUCUUGAGCAAUACACUUAAGUUAUAUUUAAAUGAUCUGACUUCUAUUUGGAAAUACUAUGAUAAUGUAUUUGUGCUAAUUUAUAUCCUUAAAUCUCUGAGCUUUCUCAAAAACAUGUUGCAAAAUUGGUAAGAUUUUUUUUUGAAUCUCAACCUUACCUAAAUAAUUCCAUAAUGUGAUUUGUUACAACACGUUUUGGUAUUUCCUCUCAUUGCUGAAACGAGAAUCUCCAAAGUUACAGGAAACUCUAACCCAAUAUUGUUUGUAUUUAGCUUUAAUGCGUUUAGUUCUUUUAUUGCCUAAACGCAGCAAGUAUUUUCCCAGAAAGUUAUCGUGUUAAUUUACAAUAAGAUUAAUCAUAUAAAAUGAGGUGGUUGUAUAUUCUUUUCUUCUGUGAUUAUAAUUAAUAUUUUUCUUGUGGUUUCUUAUACAUAAGUGAAAUAUAAUAUGUAUUUAUAUA